AUGUCCGCAGGCUCCCUCUGUCAUGUGGAAGUGCAGUCGUCUCGGGUCACAGCCCUGUGUUGGGAACAGUCUCUGAGCCUGUGGAGCGUGGACCAGCCCAGCUGCGACAGCCGGCCCUCCGCCAAUCUCCUCGUCGGCCGACUUGACGGUUCUCUCUGCUGGAUGCAGGUCACGAUGCAGGAAAAAGAUGUGUCUGUGAAAAGCACCGAACUUACCCACUGCUACCGGAAAGAAGCCCCCCAGUGUUUGGCCUGGCACAGCGAGGACAGACCCUUUGCUGCAGGAUAUCCUGACGGGAAGAUUCUUCUGAGCUCCAUCGACAGUGAUGAAGACGAGCAGCCCGACAUACUGACUGUCUACUCGGAGAGUUUGUCGUCUCUGAAGUGGGACCCCAGCGGACAGUUGCUGCUGUGCGUGGGGCGCUCCGAGCUGGUCCGGAUCGUGGGCCGCUCCGGUGGGUCGUGGGUCACUCUGCACUCGCUGAUGCACACAGGGAUCGUCAACGUCACAGAGUGGUGUCCGCUGCGGGGACGAGGCCCGGACCCCAGACUCAUGAUGGCUGUAGGCUGUCAGAACGGCUCGGUGUUCGUCUGGACUCUCUCUCAGCCGCACUUCUCCAACAGCUUCUCCAGGAAUGAAAACUCUAAUGCAAAGGACCCUGCGAUCUGUGUGUUCGUGCUCCACGGCCACAUCACAGCGGUCAAGUCUCUGUCCUUCUGUCCCAGUGGAUUGGUUCUAGUUUCUGGGGGAAUUGGAGGCCUGCUCAAUAUCUGGUCUUUGCAGGACGGUUCGGUCUUGCAGACAGUGACAGGUCUGGGAUCAGUUGUCAACACCAUCUGGGUGCCAAAUGUGGGAGUCACUGCUUGUUUUGGAAGAUCAAAGGACGUUCUGCUGAUCUGCUGCACCCCUGAGUGGAUCCAGCAGAACCAUGUGCUGGCUUCCUGCCGCAUGGCCCUGAGGAGCCAGAACAUUCUAGGCUUGAACAGGGCUCCGUGUCUGGCUGUGCUCCUGGAGAGGCUGCCUUUGUUACUUCAGGAGCAGUACAAUUAUGAGAAGGUCCAUGUGACGUCUGGGGACCAGCUCGUGCACAGUGCCUUCCUGCAGACGUUGGCCUCUGUUUCUGUGGGUUUGUCGUUGGAGAAGCACCUUUGCCAUUACCUGGUGCCGCCUCACCACAGAUCCGCUGACUUCCUGUCCUGUCCGUCCGAGUGGAGCUGGCUCAACAUGUACACCACCACCGUCCGCACCGCAGAGGCCUUCUCCAGCGGCACGGCCUUCCCAGAAUCCUUUAUGCUCGAGUUUGAGGACAUUAUUGACAAAGAGACGUCCAUAGCUUUGGAUAAUAGUAAAUGGACCUUCAAAAUGGACGAGCAGUUGAUGUCUUGGGCCACCACACGACCAGAGGAUUGGCAACACGGUGGAAAGAGUGAAGUCUACCUCUGGGGCAAUGGCAGAUACGGACAGCUGGCAGGAACCGGUUCAAACCAGACCGUGCCCACUCUGGCCCAGUCCCUGUCCCAGACCCAGCAGGUGGUGUGUGGUCAGAACUGCUCUUUUCUGGUCCAGUCCAAUGGGAUCGUCCUGGCCGUGGGGGAAGGGCAGUAUGGCCGACUGGGGCAGGGAAAUUCUGAUGACCUCUAUGUACCUACGAUUAUCUCUGCUUUUCAAGGUUAUGUGGUGGUUCAGCUGGCGACGUCCUGCGGUUCAGACGGACACUCCAUGGCUCUGACUGAGACCGGGGAAGUGUUCAGUUGGGGAGAUGGAGAUUUUGGAAAGUUGGGCCACGGCAACAACGAGAGACAGAGACGGCCCAAACAGAUCGAGGCUUUACAGGGACAGGAGGUCGUGCAGCUUUCCUGUGGUUUUAGGCAUUCCGCCGUGGUAACAGCAGACGGGAAACUUCUUACCUUUGGCAGCGGGGAAUCCGGUCGUCUUGGACUCAGGUCGACGUCUAACAAAAUGCUUCCUGAAAGAGUGGUGGCUCUCGAUGGAUACCAUGUGGCUCAGGUUUCGUGUGGCCUUAAUCACACUCUGGUCGUCUCGCUCGAUGGUAUGGUCGUGUGGGCGUUUGGAGACGGAGAUUACGGAAAACUAGGAACUGGGUCUUCUUCCGCAAAGUACUACCCACAAAAAGUGGAGCAACUUUGCAACGUUGGAAUUAAGAAGGUCAUCUGCGGAACCCAGUUUUCUGUCGCUCUGACGUGUGAUGGACGUGUUUAUACGUUUGGACAAGAGCGUAUGAUCGGUCUGCCGGACUCCAUGCUCAAGAACAAGUCCAGUCCUCAGGUGGUCCCGGCGUUCGAAGGUCUGUUUGUGGAGGACGUGGCGGUGGGCUGUGAGCACGCCCUCGCUCUCUCUGCCAACGGAGACGUCUACGCCUGGGGCUGCAAUAGUGAAGGACAGCUCGGACUCGGUCACUGCAACCCUGUGAAAGAACCCACCCUCAUCACGGUGCUCCACGACAAAAACAUUCGCCAGAUCUCCGCCGGCCGCUGCCACAGUGCCGCCUGGACCACGCCCACUACCUCAAUCAAAAACUCAGGUGGUUCAGGGAAUGUUCAGCUCGGUCUUCCUCAGUCCAUCCCGCCUCAUUACAACACGCUGAGAGACUGCAGACCUAACGUCCUCAGCAUGCGCCUCAUGGUCCUCUACCACUUCUCUGACCUCAUGUACAAGUCCUGGAGGCUGCUCAGUCUGGACACCAAGACCCUGGUGUCUCCGUCGCGGUUCAGUGUCGGGACAAACGCCAUCAUUCGAGGUGAACUUCGAGGGCUCCUGUCUCCCAAGGUCAACACUCUGCCUCUGGUCCGCUCUAUCGGCCGCACCAUGACCCAGGGAAAAACAUACGGUCCACAAAUCACUGUGAAGCGGAUCUCUACACGGGGCAGGUCCAGCAAGCCCAUCUUUGUGCAGAUUGCCAAACAGGUGGUGAAUCUGAACCCCCUGGAGCUGCGGCUGCCCUCGCGAGCCUGGAAGGUCAAGCUGCUGGGGGAGGGGGCGGACGAUGCCGGGGGCGUUUUCGACGACACCAUCACGGAAAUGUGCCAAGAGCUGCAGUCCGGCGUGGUGGAUCUUCUCGUUCACACUCCGAAUAGUUUUGCAGACGUCGGCAGCAACACUGACAGAUUUCUGUUGAACCCCGGAGCGCUGUCCGAGGAUCACAUGAUUCAGUUCAGGUUCCUGGGCAUCUUGAUGGCUGUAGCGAUACGCACCAAGAAGCCCCUGGACCUGCACCUGGCGCCCUGGGUGUGGAAGCAGCUCUGCUCCAUCCCGCUGGUGGAGUCUGACCUGGAGGAGGUGGACGUGCUGACCUCCCGCAGUCUGCAGGGGAUUCUGCACCUCGAGAACAGCGGCAUCACUGCGGAGAACUUCCAUGUGAUGAUCCCACUGGACUCCUUCAUGGCUCACGGUGCGGACGGGCGACUGGUGCCCAUCGUUCCUGGUGGACAGAACAUUGCUCUGGGCUUCGACAACAGAACCGAGUACGUGGAGCAGGCUUUGCUCUACAGACUGCACGAGAUGGAUUCACAGGUGGCGGCGGUCAGGGAGGGCAUGUCCAGCAUCAUCCCGGUGCCGCUCCUCUCUCUGCUCACGGCGCAGCAGCUGGAGCAGUUGGUGUGUGGCCUUCCGGAAGUCUCCGUGGAGAUGCUGAAGAAGUUGGUGCGUUACCGUGACGUCAGCGAGAGCCAGCAGCUGAUUGGCUGGUUCUGGCAGAGCUUGGAGGAGUUCACCAAUGAGGAGAGGGUUCUGUUCCUGCGGUUCGUGUCCGGAAGGUCCAGGCUGCCCUCCAACCCCGCGGACAUCAGCCAGAAGUUCCAAAUCAUCAAAGUCGACAGGCCCGUGAACGGCCUGCCCACGGCCCAGACCUGCUUCUUCCUGCUGCGCCUGCCUCCGUACACCAGUCAGGCCAUCCUCGCCGAGCGCCUACGGUACUCCAUCCACAACUGUCCCUCCAUCGACAUGGACAACUACAUGCUGACCCACAACACGGACCCCGCGGACAGCUCCGACACCGAGGACUGA